AUGUCAAACGUUAGAUAUUUUCCUCCUUAUAAUGAUCCACCUCCUAAAGAUGUAACAAUCCACUCCUAUCAUCAAAAAUAUCAACAAAUAAGUAACUUAGGAAAUGGUAGUUUCGGAACGGUUGAAUUGGCCAAAAUAAAGUUUUCAAAAAUCGAAUUACUAGAAUCUCACUCAAAUAAAGUUGGAACUAUGAUGUUUCCAUUAGAAGAAUCAAAACGUAACACUUCUAAUUUUGUUGCAAUCAAAACAAUGAAAAAGAAAUUGUCACAUUUCCAAGAUUAUAGUAAGGUAAAGGAAUUAAACUUUAUAUUAACGGUACCUUCACAUCCUUGUUUGGUUCAAAUAUUUGAAGUUUUUAUUGAUGAUAUUAAUUUUCAGUUACAUAUUGCAAUGGAAGCACUUAAUCAAAACUUAUAUCAAUUAAUUAAAUCAAGAAGAGCUGAUCGAUUUAGCCCAACCACAUUAAAAAGUAUUUUAAGUCAAUUAUUAUGUGCAAUUAAACAUAUUCAUAAAAAUAACUAUUUUCAUCGUGAUGUGAAACCAGAAAAUAUUCUAAUAAUUCCCACAUUACAUUAUUAUGGUUCAAAAGAUUUAGUACCUCCAUAUCGUAAAUAUGAUAAUUUCAUUAUAAAGUUAGGUGACUAUGGAUUAGCUAGACAUGCAUCAAACAUGAAACCUUAUACAGCAUAUGUUUCAACUAGAUGGUAUAGAUCUCCAGAAAUAUUAUUAAGACAAAAUUGGUAUUCCUUUCCCAUUGAUAUUUGGGCAUUUGGUACAGUAGCUGCUGAAGUUGUAAAUUUUACUCCUUUAUUUCCUGGUGCAAAUGAAUUAGAUCAAAUUUGGAAGAUUUUAAAAGUAAUUGGAUCUCCUAUGAUGCCUGAUUUUAAUCAAAUUGGUUCGAAUUAUGUUGUUCCAAUUGGAGGAUUAUGGGAAGAAGCAACAAAUUUUGCAUUAAAGUUGGGACUAAUAUUACCUAUGGAACCAGGUCUCAAAAUUACUGAAGUAGUUCAAUGUGAAUCCAAUCCUUCAUUGCUUGAAGUCAUUCGUUGUUGCUUGUUGUGGGAUCCUAAUGCUAGACCUACUGUAUUUGAAUUAAGUGAAAUGUCAUACUUUAAAGAUUUUAUUAAAAUGUUGGAGAAAAAUUAUGAAAAUGAAUCAACUCCAGAUUUGAAAUUCAAUGGUAUAUCAAAUUCCCCUUCUCUGAGAAAAACUGCAACGAUAAUUCAUGAUAAAUCGGUUUUAACUAUUAAUGAUGAAAAUGGAAUGAGCAAAGAGUUUGAAAAUUAUUUUUCGGAUUAUAUGUCACCUGACUUGAAUAAUAAUUCCGAAUUUUUAGAUGAAAGCUAUUAUGAAUGGUUCAAUGCAAAUAAAGUUGGUGGUAUUGGAGCUGACUCCAUUCCCAGGAAUAGUCGUUUAGGUGGUGACUCACAAAGACAGCUUAAAUGGGCUACAGGAUUGGCAUCCAAUAGUUCGAAUACAGUGAAUGCUUCAAAUGAUCCACAAAUUGCAAAAGGGAAAGAAACCAGAAGUAGAAAGUAG